AUGGCCAGCGAUGCGAGCGGUUUUUUCAGCCGCGCGAAACAGUACACCGAGGAGACUUUUCUGAAAGCCGAGCGCACCGAGUUGGAUCCACACUUCGAGGCGCUUCUCUUGAGAGCCGACAAAACCGAGGAGCACACGAGGAAAUUGUUGAGUUGUAUCGAGAGCUAUCUACAACCAAAUCCAACCGUUCGUAUGGAAGAGGUCUUCUACGAGAAACUCGAUCUGAAAAAGGACAAUGGACGCAUGAAUAAUCUCGAGCAUUUGGCACAAACGAUGAUUGAGGCGGGGGAAGAAUUUGGACCGUCGACACCAUACGGCACCGCGCUGCUAAAAGUUGCACAAACUGAGCAGAAGAUCGGCCAAACCGAGAAAGAAUUCGUCGCCCAAUCCGCCAGCCACACCCUGCUACCAAUUCGACGAUUUCUCGAAGGAGACAUGCGGACGAUCCAGGUUUGUGAAAAGCUGGAGCCCAAC